AAACAAGCACAGUAAAGCCUGAGCUGAGGUAGUGGCAGAAGAAGAACUUUCUCUUCACUUCAUCCAAACCCUCCACAAAACCUCUCAUUAGGGUUACAAAUCUUCAACAAGAAUGGAAGCAUCCACCACCACCCGCAACCACUCAUCCAAACGCAAAUUCAACGACACCGUUUCAUCCUCCACCAACGACAUUGAUCUCUCCCUUCUCGAAGCAAUCGAGAAAUCCCAACCCACAAUCGACGCCGUCGACAACCGUACCUUAAAAAAGCUCGUCCUCUCCUUCGAACGCCGAUUGAAGGAAAACAUCGAAGCACGUCUCAAGUAUCCAAAUCAACCCGAACGUUUCGCGGAUUCCGAAUUGGAGCUCCACGAAGAGCUUCACAAGCUUAAAGUUCUUGCUGGAGCACCGGAGCUUUAUCCGGAUCUUGUUAACCUCAAUGUUGUUCCGUCGAUUGUUGAUUUGUUGAAUCAUGAUAAUACUGAUAUUGCUAUUGAUGUGGUUACGUUGAUUCAGGAUUUGACUGAUGAAGAUGUGCUUGAUGAGAAUGAUGAACCUGCUAAGGUUCUUGUUGAUGCGUUGGUGGAUAAUAGUGCGUUGGAGCUGCUUGUGCAGAAUUUGCAUCGGUUGUCGGAGAAGGAUGCGGAUGAGAAUGCUGCGGUUUAUAAUACGCUGGCGACGAUUGAGAAUUUGAUUGAGGUGAAACCGGCGGUGGCGGAGAUGGUUUGUGAGAAGACAAAGCUGUUGAAGUGGUUGUUGGGGAAGAUUAAGGUUAGGGAAUUUGAUAGUAAUAAACAGUAUGCGUCGGAGAUUUUGGCAAUUUUGUUGCAGAGUAGUACUGCCAAUCAGAAGAAAUUAGGGCAGAUGAAUGGGGUGGAUGUGAUGCUUCAGGCGGUGGCAAUGUAUAAGUCGAAGGAUCCGAAGAGUUCGGAUGAGGAAGAGAUGGUGGAGAAUUUGUUUGAUUGUUUGUGUUGUUUGUUGAUGCCAUUGGAGAAUAAGGAAAGGUUUGUGAAAGCUGAAGGGGUUGAAUUGAUGAUAAUUAUUAUGAAGCAGAAGAAAUUGGCGUAUGCGUCGGCUAUUAGGGCGCUUGAUUUUGCUAUGACGAAUUACCCUCCGGCUUGUGAACGUUUUGUUGAUGUUUUGGGAUUGAAGACAGCUUUUGCAGCUUUUAUGGGUAAGAUUCCCAUCAGUAAAAAGAACAAGAAAGAACGGUACCAGGAGGAGUUAGAGGAGCGCAUUGUGUCGCUUGUUGCUUCAUUGUUUGGUGGAAUCUUGAGGGGCUCUAGGAGAGAAAGAUUAUUAAGUAAAUUUGUUGAAAACGAAUGCGAGAAGAUAGAUAGGCUAAUGGAACUAUACAUCAGAUAUUCGGAUAGAGUAAAAGCUGAAACUGAACGGUUGGAUCAAAUUGAGUUUGAUGACUUGGAGAUGGAUGAAGAUGAAAAGUACAAUCGUAAACUAGAAUCUGGACUUUAUACUCUUCAGUUGGUUGCUGUCAUUUUGGGUCACAUUUGGUGCUCCGAGCAUUCGCAGAUGAGAGGAAGAAUUGAACUACUUCUCAAGCAGAACAAACUUAGUAAACAGCAUGUCAAGGAUAUACUUCAGGAAUAUCAUGACAAUAUUGGCGAUCUUGAUGGACCAGAAGAGAAGGAGCGAGCACAGACAAAGAUUCAGAAGUUCUUAAUGGCGUUAUAACUAUUGUAAGGCUUAAUAGUGGAAACUUCAUUGGAAGUGAUUAGUAUUUUUCUUCAUUUUGCCCCUCUUUCCUAGUGCAUGUAAAAUCUGUUUUGUCGGGAGAAUGAGAGGAUAAUUGAGAAAGAAACACUGAUAUGUGGUUGUUGAGAUCAUAGUCACUUACAGUUUCCGACUUUCCGUCACAUCAAUUUCUGUAGUUAUACUGGAUAAUAUAUUUUCUUUUUCCCUAGGGGCGGGGAGUUGAUCUUGAAUCUUCUUCA